AACGAGGGUUCCCCUGUGCACAUCAGUCCGAAGGAAACCUUGGUGUUCAUGGAUUCGUAAAGAAUCACCUUCUCUGCAGAGUUGCUCAACUUUGGCCUCUCUCCUGUGGCUUGGAUCAUGUGUGAGUGAAAACCUAGGAGACAGUUGCCAGCUGAGCUAGUCACAAUGGAAUUGCAUGAAUCAGUGACCUUUGAGGAUGUGGCUGUAGACUUCAGCCAAGAAGAGUGGACCCUGCUGGACAUGUCCCAGAGAAAACUAUUUAGAGAUGUGAUGCUGGAGAACAUCAGUCAUCUGGUUUCAAUUGGCAAACAACUCUAUAGAUCAGAUGUGAGUUCCCAUUUGGAUCAAGAAGAGCAACUUUCAGGAGAAGGGAUUGGUUUUCUACAAAGCCACAGCCAAGAUAGGGAAGAUGAUCUUAAAAAACUAGAAAUUAUAUCCAUGCAAGACAUCUGCAGGAAGGACACAUCCUUAUUCAGCGUAAUGAAAUCUCACAAUCAAGAGGAUCUUUUUGAAUAUAAUGAUUUGGGAGAAAAUUUUACUAAAAUCUUAACAUUGACUCAAUAUGUAAUACCUCCAAUGAGAAGGAAACCCUAUAUCAGCCAAGAAUUUAGAAAAGACACCAGUUACUUGUCAUCCUUUAGUCUACAUAAGCACAUUCAUGCUAGAAGUAAAUCACAUGAAUAUCAUCGUGGGAAUGCCUAUAUUCAGAACUCUGCCCUUAGACAAACCAAUGAUACUCUAACUGAAGAAAAAACAUUAGAAUGCCAUGUAUGUGGGAAACCGUUCAGUAAAAACUCUAACCUUAGACGACAUGAGAUGAUUCACACUGGAGUGAAACCACAUGAGUGUUGUCUAUGUGGGAAGGCUUUCACUCACUGUUCUGAUCUUAGAAAACAUGAGAGGAUUCACACUGGAGAGAAAUCAUAUACGUGUCAUCUGUGUGGGAAAGCCUUCAGUAAAAGUUACAACCUUAGGCGACAUGAGAUGAUUCACACUAGAGAAAAGCCACAUGGAUGUCUUCUGUGUGGAAAAGUCUUCAUUCAUUGUUCGGACCUUAGAAAACAUGAAAGAACUCACUUUGGAGAGAAACCAUAUGUAUGCCAUGUAUGUGGUAAGACAUUCAGUAAAACUUCUUACCUUAGACAACAUGAGAGAACUCACAAUGGAGAGAAACCUUAUGAAUGUCAUGUAUGUGGGAAGGCCUUCACUCACUGUUCUCACCUUAGAAAACAUGAGAGAACCCACACUGGAGAAAAACCAUAUGGAUGUCAUCUAUGUGGAAAAGCCUUUACUGAAUCUUCUGUUCUUCGACGACAUGAGAGAACUCACACUGGAGAGAAGCCAUAUGAAUGUCACCUGUGUUGGAAAGCAUUCACUGAUUCUUCUGUCCUUAAACGACAUGAAAGAACUCACACUGGGGAGAAACCAUAUGAAUGCCAUCUAUGUGGGAAGGCCUUCAACCAUUCUUCUGUCCUUAGGCGCCAUGAGAGAACUCACACUGGAGAAAAACCAUAUGAAUGCAAUAUAUGUGGUAAAGCCUUCAAUAGGAAUUAUAACUUUAGACUCCAUAAGAGAAUUCACACUGGAGAGAAGCCUUAUAAAUGUUAUGUAUGUGGGAAAGCCUUCAGUAAGUAUUUUAACCUCAGACAACAUGAAAACACAUGGUAUAAAGAUAAUAAAUGUGGAAGAUUCACCACAUGUAGCCUCAAACUAUAAACACUCUUGAGGACUCGCACACUGAAGAAAAACUAUAUAGUUAAUGUAGAAGAAUCUUUAUCCUUGUUACUUAAACCAAACUCGAAGUGCAGACAAUCUAUAUAGGUCAUCUAUAUGACAAAACCUUUAUAGAGUGGACUGAUAUAGUAUAUGACCUGGGAGGACUCAAACUUUAAAGGGAAUGAAUGUGGCAGACACAGCUCUGUUAAACAAAAUGGAGAAACCAUGUGUCAGGAAAAAUACAUGUCUAUGAUCAGUGUAAUCAACUGACUUUAUCCUCUAAGUGAACUGCAGAAGAGAAAUCGAAGAUCUAUAAACUGCAGUGUCGUUCAACUUAGCACCAUGCUUGGUAUGCAGAAGGGAAUUCACUGUUGAGUUAUUGCCAUAACAAGACAUAAGUGGAAAAUAAUCAUUCCUAGGAGGAAAACAAUGAAUUUGUCAAAGGGCUUUGUUCAACAAGAACUAGGACAUAAAGACUGAGGAUAUUUGGAGUAUCCCCACUCCCAGAGUGCCUCAUCUGCUAAGAUUAAUAUAUGUAAUGACAGAGCACUGGCCCUCCUAGGGACAGGCAGAAAACACUUGACAAUGAGAGAGCAGAAAAAAAAUCCAAGAAAAUCUGAUCUUGCCUAUAUUCUCUGAUUACAACAGUCAUGAAUCCACAAAUCACCAACUGGGAAUGAGACAAGUCCCAGCCCCUGCCAUAUGCAAAUGCAGAAGGCUAGGAGAGGAAAAGUUUGAGCUUCUUAUCUGCUGGGAUAAGAAGAGAAGGCCUUGUUCUUGGUGUUCACUAGAACAUAACUAAUAUCCCUGUUUCACAAGUAGCAAAACUGAGAAAAGAGAUGCUUAUAAUCUUUUUAGUUCAUGUUUUCAUAAUGGAUUAUGGAAUGCCCUUCUCAAUCGCCCACUUUAUUCCUGUGCUUUUGUUCGAAAAAUUUGUAUUGUUGCUGUAAUUUCAAACUCAUUUUGUUUUCUCUGCUUAAAAUGUUAAACUCAUCCACUAAUGUCAUGUACAGACCAUACUUCCCCAACCCAGCACUAUUGAAGUUCCCAUUUUCUUCAUGUUUCUUAUAACUUUGUGUAUGAUAUAUAAUAAUUAUUGUUACAAAGUUCUUUCCAACUCCAAUAUAAAGAUAUGUGUAUGUUCAUGUCUUUAUUUUCCUAUCAACUUUAGUGCUUUGACAAGAUAACUCUCUUUUUAUGUCAGACAUUGUCUAUAAAUACGGUAGAGUCGGAGGUUGAUGUUUUUUUUACCCAGAGAGGUUGACUGUUCUCUCAGGCAGAUGGAGUGUAGACAUAGCACUUUCUCCAUUCAGGAACAGCCUGGGUUGCAGCUGUGAUGUCAGUUACUCUGACUUUCAUGCCUUUCAGGUCAGUAUAAAUUUAUUGCAGGCAUCUUUCAAAGUACCACAAACAGAAUAUAGUACACUGACAUUGUUGCCUUGUCCUCAACUAAUAACAUAUAGGGAAAAGCAGCCUAGUAUUGGAGAUUCUACAUUUCAAUCAGCCCAUACCAGACCAUGUAUCCUGAUAUCCAUCUGCUUGUUUUUAUUCCCUGUUGUAUCUUUUUUAAGUGGUUUUCACUGUUUCCCCAGAUGUGGAAAUAAGAUCUCAACUUUCCUGAUGAGGACUCAUCCUUUUUUGUAAUGUUAGUUCUUACAGUCUCUAGUUCCACAAUUCUUUUAAUUAAAAAAAAAAAACAAAAAAAUUUUUUUGAUGAAUCUUCUAUUUUCUGUUUCUGUCUUGUCUCUACUAACACCUGGAAGCAGAAACACCAAUGCUUUGCCUGGACAAAUUUCCAGCUUACUUCUCAGUCCAGAAGGCUAUUUAUUUCUUCUGUGACUAACCUCCCAUGGAGUUAAUUUUCAAAGGCUUCAGAAAAAAAAUGCAGUGUGGAGGUAAUAAUCAUAUAAUUGGGCUUCCCCUCUGUGACAGACUAUGUCAACAAGUCCUGUGUAAAUAGGCUCCACCCCAGGGCCUUUAACCAAUUGCUUUGUGAAUUUUCUUAAGGCUUAUUGCUGUUAACCGAUUGGUCCAACAAAAGCUAAUCAGUCAUAGCAGAAAUGGAAGUGUUUUACCCUGUGUGAUAUAAUGAAUCGCAAGAAAUACAUACUUGGUCACUCAUAUGACCAAAUAAAUAUGUUUCCAAGG